UAGCAAGAAUUGCUGCUAAAAAUUACCAUAAAUGUUCUCUAAUUGACAAGUGGAUUUUAAAAACUGUUCAAAUAUGUAUAAGCUUUGCUACUAAAUAGAAUGUAAUUUCACUUUUUAAUUCACAGGAGUACAACUUAUUUUAUUAGCAUAAUAAAGAAUGUGAAAUCGUGCACACAUUGUAUACAUUUUAAAAGAAUUUUAUCAUCAUUUGCGAGAUCCGCAGAUGUAAAUUAAAUUUCGCGCCGGCGGUCGUGACUUUUACCGCGCUGCGCUCCGAUUGGCGGAACAGCUGACACAGCCGGCCUGCCACGAGUCCAAUCGCUCGUCCACGACCGUCGUUAUCGUCGCAGUAGCUAGCGAGCAACCGGCCGGUCCCGGUUCCUUUCAGAGAAUCAGUAUCAUUUUGUAUCACGCGAGGACUUAACCUUAUCGUAACGCGUUUACUUUUGCCACCGUGUCACGCCCGCGAAUGUCGCCCGCCGUUACCUUCCUCGACGUCGUCGUCGCCGUCGUCGUCGUCGCCGACCGACCGGUAUAAAAAAAGAACGCAGGCGCGCUCUUUCGUUCCUCGGCGCUUUUCGACCCGAGUGUUCGCGCGAGAGUGUUGGAAGAACCAGUAGUUCUCGCGCGCGUGUGAACAGUCAGUGUUAUCGCGUCAAACGCCGUCGUCUGUUGGACGAUAUUGUUCAGCGAUAUCGCGUUUUCCCUCUUUGCGUUCAAGUUCCUUUCGCGUCUCCGAGAUGAGCGGUGGCAGAAUCAGCGAAAACGGGGGACGAAAUGGCCACGUGCUAGUGUGGGAGCAACCCGGCCUCGACGAGGAGGAGCGACCCGCGCGAAAAAGAAGAGCUCUGACGGGGAAACGUCAUAUAGUGACAUUUAUGAUAUUCCUUGGUAUGGCAAAUGCCUACAUAAUGAGGACCAACAUGUCCGUGGCUAUCGUCGCGAUGGUCAAUCAUACGUCUAUCCAGGACACCGAGAAGGUGGAAGAAGUCGUGAACGAGUGCGGAGAUCUCAUUACCAACGAAACGGAAGCUGCCAAACGUAGUGCCGAUGGACCCUUUUCGUGGAACAAUAAGGAGCAAGGUUAUCUCUUGAGCUCGUUUUUCUGGGGCUACGUUAUCACGCAGAUACCGUUCGGUAUACUCGCCAAGCGCUACGGCGCCAAAUACUUCCUCGGGAUUGGCAUGCUGAUCAAUUCGAUUUUCGGACUUCUGGUCCCCGCGUCCGCGUAUUGGGGAUACUGGUGGCUGAUGACCAUUCGCUUUAUCCAGGGUUUAGGAGAGGGUCCUAUUGUGCCUUGCACGCACGCAUUGCUGGCGAAGUGGAUACCGCCUAACGAACGGAGCAGGAUGGGUGCCUUCGUCUAUGCUGGUGCACAGUUCGGCACGGUAAUUUCCAUGCCGUUGAGCGGUCUAUUAGCCGACUGGCAAUUAGUAGGAGGUUGGCCAUCUAUUUUCUACGUAUUUGGUGCUAUCGGUACCAUUUGGUGCAUCGCGUUCCUCUUAUGGGUCUACGAAGAUCCUGAGCAACAUCCAUCUAUCUCGGAGGAUGAAAAAAAGUACAUACUGAGUUCUCUUUGGGGUAGCGCCGGCAUAUCGUCAUCGCCUCCCGUGCCAUGGAAGUCCAUUGUAACUUCGCUACCAUUCUGGGCUAUCUUGAUGGCGCACAUGGGUCAGAAUUACGGAUAUGAGACGCUGAUGACCCAACUUCCGACAUUCAUGAAACAGAUUCUCCAUUUUAGCAUUAAAAACAAUGGUGCCUUUUCUUCACUUCCAUAUCUUGCCAUGUGGCUUUUUUCUAUAUUUAUUUCUCAUGUCGCCGAUUGGAUGAUUUCCUCAGGAAAAUACUCUCAUACACUGACCCGUAAGAUCAUCAACAGUAUCGGCCAAUAUGCACCGGCCGUGGCGCUGAUUGCUGCCUCAUACACCGGUUGCAAUCCCUCGGCAACCAUAGCCAUUAUCACAGUGGGAGUCGGUCUGAAUGGCGCUAUUUAUUCCGGUUUUAAAGUAAAUCAUCUCGAUAUCUCACCGAGAUUUGCCGGACUUUUAAUGUCCUUUACUAAUUGUAUUGCCAAUCUCGCUGGGCUUCUCGCGCCAAUCACUGUUGGACUGAUCAUCGAUGAUUCGCCAACGCAAGCGAAAUGGAGGAUUGUAUUCAUAAUCUGCGCUGUUAUUUACAUAAUAUGUGCAACAUUCUAUGUAUUUUGCGCUUCUGGGCAGAGGCAAGUAUGGGAUAAUCCGGAUAAAGAUGAUGACAGGAGCGAGAAAAAGCAGUUGGAUGGGGUGCAAGUCAUCAGUGAAACUCAACAUUGACAAGUAAAUAUUUUACCGAUAAGAUAGUGGCGAUACGAAAGAAAAUCGACACUGUCGACGUGACAAUUGUGUCCAUCUGGCCGUUUCUGCCUGCGUACAUUCAUUCCCUCUCUAAUAUUUAGCAAUUCAAAACGAAUAUAUAUUAAGAUAAAACAUUUAAGUUAAUUUCAAAAUUAUUCUUUCUUUCUUUUUUACCAUGAAGAGAUAUAAAAUUUUUCGAUAGGGAUUAUCGCAAUCAUACUGUAGGUUUUCAUACUUUUGUACUCGAUUGCAAAAGUUAUAAACCAAUUGUUGUAGUUUUGUAGUAUGUAUGUUUCAUGUAAAGGACGAUUUGUAUGCGUGUGAGAAUGAGAGAGAGAUAAAUAUAUAUAUAUAUAUAUAUACUCACAGCUGAGCUAUUAUUAUAAGCUUAGUUCAUUUAUCAUUUGUUAUAUUUUAUAAUUUAUCAUUUUUUACAUAAUUUCGGGUAUUAUAUAGAAUUAGAAAAAGGCGCACUCUAAGAAUUGGCAUACUAGAGGAAUGAUGGAAGAGAUAAUUCUCAAAAAAAAGAAAGAAAGUGAAAAUUAUUGCUUGUAGAUAAAUGAACUUUCAUAAACUUGCCCGCAAAGCGGAAUAUGUCAUGACAAAAGAAUCAACGCAGGUACGGACGAUUGCAAAAAUGGCGUACACGAAAUUGUUUCUUUAAGUCAAUUUAUGCAAUUACAUACAUGGAUAUUAAGUCAAAUUUAAUAUUGUUUUGGAUAUGUAAAUGAAAGCGAAACGAACAUUAAGCUCUUUAAAGUGUGACAUCAAAUUUGUUUGCAGUAUGCUUGGUGAUGCUUAUGUAACACUACAAUAGAACUUAUACAUUACAUAUUUUAAAACACAAAUUUUGAUUUGCAUAGUGAGCAUUCUAUUAAUUUAUCAGACAUCUCUUUGUCAAUUUCACGUUUUGAACAAAACUUAUCGAUCUUAGCCUUCCAUUUUGUGAUACAGAACGCACACUUUUUAUAUUAUAAUAUGCAUAUAUUAUUAUAAUAUUAUUUUAUAAUAAUAAUAAUAU